CGACAUGUACGCUCUCAAAUAUCGCCCGGCCAUAGUGUUUGUAGCUGUGUGUAUGUUGGUUGGUGUGGUUGGUAACUCGCUGGUCUGCUACGUCUAUCUGCGCAAGUUCAAACCAAGCACAACAAGGUGUUUCAUUGUAACACUAGCAAUCCUGGACAUUCUGAACUGUUCUCUGAGCAUACCUCUUAAGAUCGUACAAAUGAGAUAUCAUGCCACGUUCGGACUGUCCAACUUCUGUAGGGUGUCCACAAUGACUGUCACGCUCUUCUCGUUGGCAUCCGCAGGAGUUCUUUUACCAGUCGCGGUUGACAGAUAUUUAAAGAUAUGCAAACCAUUCGUCAGACAGAUGACAAUCUUCCAUGCAAAGGCAGGUUGUGGGGCGGCGUGUGCAGCGGCGUUGGUUCUAACAAUACCUCCUGCCAUCAUCCAUGGCCCAACAAUUCACUCGCUGCCUCAAGCAAACGCCACCUUUUGUUACCUAGCAGACGGAGAAGGGGGAACUCGUCCCCAUCUGAUAUAUUCUUGUGUUCAGAUAUGUUUGUUUGUAGUGACUGCAGGGGCUCUUGUUGUCAUGUACACAUGUAUAUGGCAUAAGCUGUACAAGCAGAAGAAAGCCUUUCGUCAAAGGAUAAUCGCAGGUAUUUUGAACACUCCAAAGCAUAACAAUACAACCAGAUCGACUGAUGGAACGGUUUCUACUUCAUCAAACUUCAUCUGCACGACUAUGAAUGCAACUUCACCGGUAUCCCAAGCUGACAACAACAGCCAUGAUCCUGAAAGAGAUUCCAGUACGUUCAACAGUGAACGUGAACAGCGUGUCUUUACGAGUUCGCCCAGCAGUGGAGUACCAGUUCGUUAUACGAAUGCAACAAUGUCUUCUCACCAAGAGAAUGCAGUAAAGAAGAUGACACUAAUGUUAUUCCUAAUUAGUCUCGUAUUCUUCCUCAGUUUCCUUCCUUACCUCAUCAUUACGGUCUUUGUGUCAAUUAAUAUGAGCUUUGCUGAAAGACUGACUGUUAUUCCAAGCGAAGGUGUGAUAAUUUUUGAGAGAUCCUACUUUAUCCAGAGUGCAUGCAAUCCUUUCAUAUACAGCUUCUGUAGCGUGAACUUCCGCAGGGCAAUGAAGAAUGUGUGUCGAUAAACACCGGGUGUCUUGUGAGGGAAAGACUGUGGAAGCUUUGAUGCUCAUUGUAUGGCUGAAAGUUAGCCAGUGUAUAGGAUCCUACAGAGAACCAAACGCCGUUGUGUCGAAGCCGGAGGGACCUGUGUAAAUACACCGAGUUAUCCGAGGUUCCACACAACCGCAAAAUGAUGAAAACGCAUUGACCAAGCUUUUUACGUCGACACAUCCGUAAGGUCGACAUAUCAGAUCUGUCACAAUGGUGUUUGACUGUAACUUAUAUUUUUAGGAUCUUAGGUUAGAACUUGACUACAUAUUAGAGGAUAUUUAGCAUCUCUGAACAGAGAACUGUUUACUCAGGAUGUUUCUGGAAAAUAUUCUUAUUUUCUAGAAAAUGAAUUAAGAGCUUCACGCUUCAACCUUGCUCCAAUCCGACCAGUUCCUAUGGUCGGUUCCUAAGUGAUUUUACAUGCAUCUACGGUGUUCUAUAUAUAGCGAGAUGCCAAGUUCAGUAUGUGGUAAGAUCAUACCCAUCGCUUUUUAUGUGCGAAAUCUUUAGAAGUACUAUACCCAAAUACUACAUAUAGCAGAGUGAUCAUUUACGAGCUUUGUAAGGAGUUCAACACUAAUUCGUGAGAAGGAUGUAACUACCUCUCCUCAGGAAAAUGCAGUAAGAUGGAUGACUCUGAUGACCUCAUUUCUUUCAUAGUUAUCUUCAUCAAUUGCAACUUUGAUUUUCUAUGAAGCGAGAAUCCACGUUAUGUUUAUAGUCACGUGACAUACAUUGACUUUUCCAAGUCUUUUCGUACUAAUAGUUUAACAGAAUAGUAUUGUCGUACCUUCAAA